UGACAAAAUUAAUACAGUUGAAAUGUGAACCAACUUUGCAAAUCUCUCCGAUAGAAAGAAACGAGAAUAACCUUGCGUCCAACUACUCGGAAAGCUUGAAAGCGAAUCGGUACCAAAUCAGCUGUCCGUGUGUGCCCAUGUCUUAAAGCCCGCCUCUAUAUUUAGACGGAAGGUGGAAGAAAUUUUAUGCGUCGGUGUCAGUUCGAAUUUUCUGCCUCGCAAACCAUGGAUGCAGCAAGGCAGGAUGCAAAGGAAAACGCAUACACGCCUAGAAAUAUAUAAAAGAUAUAAUACACAGAACGGCAAUAAACAUUCGCUCGUGAGAACUCGCCGUUGUUCCAUGCGUUCUUAGUUUGACUUAAGUAUUACAGAAUGAAUGACUUCGGCAGCAUUCAUCAGCACCGUUUGUUGCUCAUGGCGAGCGCAGUGAUUAUACUUAGCAGUUUCGCGUAUCCCGCAGCAGCGCAACGGCAGAAAUUCUGCGGACCUAGUUUAGUGAAGGUACUCAAUAUAGUUUGCCUGACGUUUCCCACGUACCACAAACGGAGCACAGGAUAUGCGGAACAGCUGUCCCUUAAUGAAAAUGUGAUGAACAAUGGUGAUUGGCCAUUAAUCGACCAAGACGAUGUGGGUAGAUUGAAUGCUAUCGAACAACUCAGAAGAAUGAUCAUGUUUUUGCCGAAACAUCGAGCCCCGGUGGAUGAUAAUGUUGAGAACCAUACUGAGAUGUCGAAUGCCAUCCCGGGUCGGUUCAGGAUAGCUAAACGUGGCGUGGUCGACGAGUGUUGCGUCCAACCAUGUUCGAUAGAACAGUUGCAAACCUAUUGUGGUUCGCUGAACAACAGAAAAUAAUCAUCGCAGGCCUAAACGAUCGGACCACAGUGGACUACAGACAAGCGUGAGGACAUGUUCUGAUGUUUAUCUACAAUCAUUUUAUCUACCAACAUAUUUUUAAACCAUGUAUACCAAAACAAACAAAUUAAACAGAGUGGAACGCGUACAAAACUACUUACUGAAUGCUGCCAAGCGGAGGACAAAAAUUGAAUAACUGACAUAACAUAAUAAAGAACCAUUUAAGGGC